GGGCCGGGCCGGGCGAUGGCGGCCGAGCCGCGGGGGCCGCCGCUGAAGGUGCUGUCGGCGCAGCUGCGGGGCUGCCGGCGCGGGCCGGGCGGAGCCUGGCUGGUGGAGCGGGCGGGCCGGGCCCCGCUGGCCGUGCGGGCGGCCUGGCUGCAGGGCACGGUGGUGGCGGCGCGGGGCGGCUGGGCCCGGCUGCAGGACGACAGCGGCGCCUUCACCGUGCGGGGCGCGGAGCGGGUGCCCCAGGGCCGGCCCUGCCUGCGCGCAGGCAGCUAUGUAAUGGUGAUGGGUUUUGUUCACACCUGCACUCCAGAGCCUCUUCUGCAGGCUGUGAAGAUGACUGAUCUCUCCAGCAAUCCUAUAAACAAGAUGAUGUGGAGCCUCGAAGUGGAGGAUUUGCAAAACAGCAUCCCAUAGAUAACCAUAUUUCUAUGUUUGUAUGUCCAAAGGAACUGGAAACUUUUACUUGCUUCUACAUGAUUGGAGCUAGGCUCUGAAUAUUGGAAUCUCCCCAUAGCUACUUUUUAUCCUGCAUCCAGGUUGCAUUGAUAAAUAACAGUCCACUGAAUAUGAGCAGCUCAAGAGCAGAUUUACUUCUAGAAUAAAUUAAAAUAAUGACAGCA